UGGAGAGAGAGCCCGGCUCAAACUGAACAAGACUCCUGCAGGGCUCAAUGCUCUCAAUCUAACAGGACAGAACACAGAGAAACAACGCGAUAUAGACACACAGUCGAUUCUGAAGCAGAUGAUAGAGAGAAAAUGUGAAGAUAUUUAGUUGUCACAGUGUUGGAGUAGUCAACAUAACCGGGAAAGAUGGCGAGGACACACACUCGCAUGUUCCUCGUCUUGGCUUUGCUGGGAAUUUUCAUUCUCGAUGUGUCGGUGAAAGGAGAGCUGCAGGAAGAGCAACAGGAGGAGGAGGAGAGGUCCUGUCAGGGCGCCUUCGACCUCUACUUUGUCCUGGACAAAUCUGGAAGCGUGAAGAAUCAUUGGAUAGAGAUUUACUCCUUUGUGGAGCAGCUGACAGAGAAGUUCAUAAGCCCCAUGCUAAGAAUGUCCUUCAUAGUCUUCUCCACACGAGGAAACAUCAUUAUGAAACUGACUGAGAACAGAGAGGCCAUCACUGGCGGCCUGACGGCUCUGCGGAGAGUAAUCCCUGGAGGAGACACAUUUAUGAAUUUAGGCCUAGAGAUGGCCAAUACGCAGAUAUUUCAAGAGAAGCAGGGGACAGCCAGUGUUAUCAUCGCCCUGACUGAUGGAGAACUGACUGACUGGCAGUUUGACACAGCUCAGCGAGAGGCGCAGAGGGCCAGGACUAUGGGCGCCAUUGUUUACUGUGUAGGGGUCAAAGAAUUUAACCAGACCCAGCUUGCAACUAUUGCAGACACUGUGGAACAUGUGUUUCCUGUGUGGGGAGGCUUCCAAGCCCUCAGGGGAAUCAUUGACUCGAUCAUCAAGAAGUCUUGCAUUGAGAUUCUGGCAGCAGAGCCAUCCAGUGUGUGUGCAGGAGAGAAUUUCCAGGUAGUGGUGAGAGGCAAUGGGUUUCUCCAUGCCAGAAACAUUGAUCAGGUCCUUUGCAGCUUUAAACUGAAUGAUACACACUCCAUCGAUGAGAGACCAGCUGGAAUAGAGGAUACUUUCCUUCUCUGUCCUGCUCCUGUCGUAGAGGAGGUCGGGAGGGUGAUCUACCUGCAGGUGAGCAUGAAUGAGGGUCUCUCCUACAUCACCAGCUCGGUUCACAUCACUACUACUGAAUGUUUUGACGGCACCAUCGUGCUGAUUUCGUUGCUGGUGGUGUUCUUGCUGUUGGGUCUGCUGCUGAUGUGGUGGUUCUGGCCCCUCUGCUGCACCGUGGUAAUCAAAGAGCCUCCACCACCUCCUCCCCCAGAGCCUGAAUCAGAUGAUGAGGAUGGGAUGCCCAAGAAAAGGUGGCCCACAGUGGAUGCUUCCUAUUAUGGAGGACGAGGAGUGGGUGGCAUCAAACGCAUGGAGGUACGAUGGGGGGAGAAGGGGUCCACUGAGGAAGGUGCUAAGCUGGAUAAACCUAAAAAUGCUGUUGUAAAGAUGCCAGAGCAAGAGUUUGAACCUUAUGAGCCCAAGCCUCGAAAACCUUCCCGCCGUGCCCCACAGCAGAGGAGAUGGUACACACCGAUAAAGGGGAAGCUAGAUGCCCUGUGGGCGCUGUUCAGGAGAGGUUACGAUCAGGUAUCUCUGAUGAGACCCCAGCCUGGAGCCCAGGGUCGCUGUAUACAGUUCCAACGGGUCAAAGACGGGGAGUCCACCCCAAACAACCAUGCUCCUCCUCAUACACAUCACUCUUCCUUGCCUCCUCCUCCUCCCUCUUCUUCUCCUCCGCCUGCCGAACAGCAACCUCUGGUCUCCAACUCUGUUCCCCGGACAAAGCCCCCAUCUAGAGGGCCCCGCACCACACCCCCUUCCCGUGCACCUCCUUCUGGGGUUCGACCCCCUCCAGGUCCACCCCCAAGUCGUGCACCCCCGGGUCCACCAGGACCCCCACCAUCUCGUCCCCCACCUCAGCUCUGAUGAUGAAGCGAGGGCAUCCAGUUAACAAAUGAUACAUCUAUUCCUUCUUAAGAAACGUCCUCCUUUCAUCCUGGAGACUCAGUGACAGCAGAGGUGUGAAAUCUUGUAAGCCAGGAGCUCUGUCAUGAAGCUCUGCGCUUUGUUGCUGGACAGCAAAUAAAAUAUUUAUCUUGAUAUCAAAAUCAGCUACUGACUUUCAUCAUAACGUUUUUGUAUAAAAAAAAUCUAAAACAAAUACAUUAUAUAAAAACGCAUGUAGUUAGUUGAUUAAGCCUGCACGUAUCUUGAUUAAAGAGGGAAGAGUAAGUGCUAUCCUUUCUACAAAUUCAGCAAAAACAAUUCAUGCAUAGAAAAGUGUUGCUUUUAGAAAGUUAGAUUGUAAGAGGUUGUGUGUGUCUAACAGCAAUGGUAAAUGUACUUAUUCACUUGGGGUGUUUUUUAUUUUGCAGGGCGUGAUAAUGUGGAUUGAGGAUGUGGUAAAAGAUGAUUUGAAUGUUGGCAUGGUGGUUUUUAAAUCUACAUUAUCUUAAGACUGAUGCAGCAGUUUACCUUUUAAACCAAAGAAACUUUUCUAACUACUUUCUUAGUUAAAAUUUAGUUCAGUGAUCUUAUUGCAACUGCAGGGCAGUUUCUGCAUAUUUUAUUUAUUUUAAUACAGGCUUUGUCUGCAUCGAUUUUCUUCUGUAUGUGGUAGAUUUUUGGGUUUUUGAAAUCAUUCAGAGGGGAAAAGUAUCAGGAACUCUAAGAGAAGAGCACUCAGGCAUGACAGCUGAUGUAUUUGUGGUCUUUAACACCAAGUGAAAGAUUGCAUUGUAAAUUUGUAUCUUCUGGGUUUUCCUAUAUACUGCAUUUACUGACUGAAAUGAUCAUUUGCAUUAUUUCUGUAUUAACAACUUUUUGUGUCUGUCUCCAAUAAACUAAAUGUUUUUUAUGUGCUGCCUG